UAUAAGAGCUGGUGUUUCUCUUGUUCAUCACCUCCACACAGGAACACUGAAGCUGACACUGAGAAGAAAGAAGAUAAUCCUAGAGAAGAUCAUUUUUACCAUUUGCAUCAUCUCAACCAUGAAGGUGCUGAUUGUGUCUCUACUGGUCUGUGCCCUGAUGGCUCUGACCAGAGCUGCUGCUGUUCCAGAAGCAGAGCCGGGUCAGAAGAUAGAACUACUCGUUCAGGAAGAGAAAAGUCACAUUGUCAAGAGGUCUUCAUCUUGUCCAAGUGGUUGGACUCGCUACAACGGUCGCUGUUUCCUCUACGUUCCAACAGCCAUGACUUGGGCGGAUGCUGAGAAAAACUGUCUGUACCACGGUGGAAACCUCGCAUCAGUGCACAGCUUCGAUGAGCAUCACGUGAUUCAGAGUAUGAUACUGCGGAUCACUCAUAUGUAUCCCCUCGCAUGGCUUGGAGGCUCCGAUGCACAACAGGAGGGUUCCUGGUUCUGGAGUGAUGGUACACCUUUUAGGUUCAACUUCUGGUCUCCAGGACAGCCUGAUAAUCGAGCGAAUGCACACUGUCUGUUGAUGAACUUUGGAGAUCAGAAGAAAUUUGACGAUCAGCCCUGCAAUUACCGCAUGCCGUUCGUCUGUGCUAAAAGGCAAUAACAUGUCUUAGGAUAACAGAGAAACAUGCAUUACCCAUCACAACCACAGGAGUUGUAGUUCUGUGUCUUUAUCAUCUGUAGCCUUUUGAAUCUAGUAAUCCAUACUUUUUCCCUGCUUUUUUCAUUGCUUAAAGAAUGUAGCCUUUUAGGCAUUUCAUUCUGAAGACUUAACUGUUUUUUCUUGUCUGAAACACAAUUAAAAGGCUCAAGCAUUGAAAAAAGACGGUC